CUACUGCAUUCUUUGACAACCGGCGCGGCAGCAAAGAACCGAAGCAAAAGCGGGAAAAAAGCUAAGGAAAAGUGGAAGUGCUUUUGAUUUCUAAAAAAAAAAAGUAAAAAAGUAAAAAAGUUACUAAGUGAAAAUGAAUUUUCCACCGAAUACUGGUACAUCACGUGGACGUGGACGAGGAGGAACGAAGCGCAACGAGGACGCUAAUCGUGGUCUUGGCGCCCAACUUGGGGUUCAGUCGUCCCAAUCGUCGCAAUCAUCAAGAAAUGAAGGCGGCAAGGGAGAGUUAAUGAGAGAUUAUGAGAAGGAUAGGCCCUUGGACAUGAUCGAGCGGAGUCUGGAGACACUGAAGUCUGGGGAAACUGAGCUCCCGAGUUCCGAAGGUGAUCCCCGUGGCUCCGUUCGUGGUCGUCGUUUGAUCACCGAAGUGGUUCACUCCCGUCCUCAAGGACUUACGACCAAGAAUGGGUGUACUGGAACCAAGAUCACGGUUCAGACCAAUUACUUCAAGGUGCUGAAGCGCCCGAGCUGGACUAUUUACCAGUACCGCGUUGAUUUUGAGCCCGAAGUGGACAACACUCGCUGUCGUCGUGGCUACAUGAACGAGCACAAGCAUCUCCUGGGCGGCUACAUCUUCGAUGGAACUGUUCUGUUCUGCUCCAAGCAGUUCAAGGAGGUGCCGCAUAGCUCCUAUGUCCUGGAGCUUGUCACGAAGAAUCGGGCUGGCGAAAAUAUACAAAUAAAGAUAAAGCACGUGGGUUCUGUGGAGGCUGCUGACAACCAGCAGUUCCAGGUGCUAAAUCUUAUUUUGCGUCGAGCCAUGGAGGGUUUAAACUUGCAGCUGGUGGCGCGUAACUUCUUUGAUCCGCAGGCCAAGAUAAACCUAGAAAACUAUCGCAUGGAACUCUGGCCAGGAUAUCAGACGUCGAUUCGGCAGCAUGAGUCUGAUAUCUUGCUGUGUGCUGAGAUUGCCCACAAGGUGAUGCGGACCGAUAGCUUGUAUAACAUUCUGUCCGAAGCUAUUCGAGAUAGCGACGAUUACCAAAAUGCUUUCAAGCGUCAUGUUAUGGGUAUGGUGGUGUUAACAGACUAUAACAAUAAGACAUAUCGCGUUGACGAUGUGGAUUUCACAUCUUCUCCACUGUCCAAAUUCGAAACCAAGGAGGGAACCAUUUCCUACGUGGAGUACUACAAGAAGCGCUAUAAUAUUACAAUCCGGGACUACAAGCAACCGCUUAUUGUGUCGCGUCCGACCGAGAAGAACAUUCGUGGCGGCUUCAAUCAGCUAAUCAUGCUGAUACCCGAGCUGGCUCGGGCUACCGGAAUGACUGAUGCCAUGCGUGCCAAUUUCCGUUUGAUGAAGGCAAUGAGCGAACAUACUCGGCUGACUCCCGAUCGGCGUAUCGAGCGCCUGCGCGUUUUUAACCAGCGCUUGAAGCAGUCCAAGGAGAGCACAGAUGUAAUGCGCUCGUGGAACAUUGAGCUCGAUUCUGCCUUGGUGGAGAUCCCGGCGCGCAUCCUUCCUCCGGAGAGAAUAGUUUUCGGGGAUGGUAAGCGUUACUUGUGCGAUUCUCGUGCCGAUUGGACAGGCGAGUUCCGUCAAACAUCCAUGUUCAGUCAUGUGGACAUUAAGAGGUGGUACGUGAUCACACCUCGUCGUAAUUCGCGCGAGACUCAGGAGUUCGUGAAGAUGUGCAUUCGCGCGGCCGCCGGCAUGAAAAUGCAGAUCUCCGAGCCACGAUAUGAUGAAAUUAUCGACGAUCGCAACAGCAACUACUCUCAGGCAAUUGAUAAUGCCGUGGCCAAGGAUCCGCAGAUUGUAAUGCUCGUUCUCAAGGCUCCCAAUGAGGAAAAGUAUUCUUGCAUCAAAAAACGCACCUGCGUUGAUCGCCCGGUGCCGUCGCAAGUGGUGACAUUGAAAACCAUUGCUCCGCGCCAGGAGAAAUCCGCUGGCCUAAUGUCUAUUGCCACUAAAGUGGUGAUCCAGAUGAAUGCCAAGCUGAUGGGUGCUCCCUGGAUGAUUGAGCUUCCAGUUCGUGGCUUAAUGACCGUCGGCUUCGAUGUGUGCCAUUCGUCUAAGAACAAGAACAAGUCGUAUGGAGCUCUGGUAGCCACGAUGGACAUGAAGACCUCCACUCGCUACUUCUCCUCUGUGACGGAGCACAUGAAGGGCCAGGAGUUGUCCGAUCAGAUGUCAAUGAACAUGACAUACGCUCUGAAGGCCUAUCGGGAGCACCACGGAGUAUUGCCCGAGCGCAUCCUGUUCUUCCGCGAUGGUGUCGGCGAUGGACAGCUGUACCAGGUGGUGAACACCGAGGUGAAGUUCUUGAAGGCAAAGCUGGAUGAAAUUUACAAGUCCGCUGGUCGGGAGGAAGGCUGCCGCAUGGCCUUUAUUGUUGUCGCCAAGCGCAUCAACACUCGCUACUUUGUGAACAAGCGGAAUCCAGCACCGGGAACUGUCGUGGACGACGUCAUUACUCUGCCGGAACGGUAUGACUUCUUUUUGGUGUCGCAGUCUGUCCGCCAGGGAACUGUGUCGCCCACCAAUUACAACGUCAUUCACGACAACAUGGGACUGAGUGCGGACAAGUUGCAGAUGCUGGCCUACAAGAUGACCCACAUGUACUACAAUUUCUCUGGAACUUGUCGGGUGCCUUCGGUGUGCCAGUAUGCCCAUAAGCUUGCAUUCCUCGUUGCCGAGAGCAUCAAUCGCUCCCCAUCAUCUGGAUUGGAGAACCAGCUAUAUUUUUUGUAAUCAUUAUUGACACUUUGCCUUUCCAGUGGCAUUUUCCUUUCACACAAAAUCAUUCAUUCAUGAUUUCAUCCCAUUCAUUAAUUAUCGCCAAUCUUUUAACCAUUUUGAACACUUUACUUACUACAUUUUCAAUCACAUAUGACCUUACACAUCAGACAGAACUGAUUCUUUUUACGUUUAUUUUUGGGUUUUGAUUUUGCGAUAAAUGAAACUAUUUUUUAGAAGAGAAAUUUGACUUGAUAUGCUUUUGAAUACGACGAAUAAAGUGAGUUUCAUCAUUUUU